GGAGAGUGAAUUAUGGAAGACGGAACAAUCCAAGAACAUCAAAAGUCAUUAGCAGCUCCUUCCAUAUUUUUUAUUGUUGCAGUUUUUCAACUUGCAUACUAUUGUCUAGAUGAUUUGAAUAAGAACAAAUCUGAUAGUGAAAAAGAAAAUGUGUUGCGUGGAGAAAUCAAACGACUUUUAAAUGAGGCAAGCUUGUUGUCACAACCGUCAACAUUUGCACAAGCAUCAAAACUCAAAAGGUUAGCAGCUGCCAUGGAGAAGGAACUUGCAAAGUAUCAAAGUUUACAUAAAAAAUAUCUGGUUUUGUACUUAAAAGCGGUUCUUGUUGGAAAGUAUUUAACUUACGGAAUGCUACUUAUUUGGUUUUGGCGUGUUCCAGUUGCUAGCAUAUCCCAACAGCUUGUACAACCAUUUGGGAGAUUAUUAUCGUGGAAAACUGGGAUAGCUCAAGACAAUAAUGAUAUUGUGGUUGGGAUAAUGGCUUGGUUAAUAAUAUCGGCUCGAGUUUGCAGAUAUGUUCGUCGAGCUUGUAGCAAAAUGUCAUGA